AUGGGCAGUGCAGCAGCUGCGGCUGGUGGCGGCGUGGCGGCGAGCAGGCAGCAACCCCACUGCACCUUCGCGGCCGGCGGUGGCAUGUGCCGCCAGCGCCACCGGCCUCACCACCGGCGCUGGCAGCAGCAGCAGCAGCAAGCUGUCCGCUACAAAGCGGCCUACGAGGCGGUGAUCGGCAUCGAGACGCAUGUGCAGCUCGGCACCAAAACCAAGGCCUUCUGCAGCUGCGCCAGCGAGUUUGGGGCAGAACCCAACUCCAACGUGUGCCCCGUGUGCCUGGGACACCCGGGCACACUGCCUGUGCUGAACGGUGACAUGGUGCACAAGGCGGUGCUGGCAGGGCUGGCGUUGAAUGCACGCGUGUCGCUGGAAUCGAAGUUUGACCGCAAGCAGUACUUCUACCCCGACCUGCCCAAGGGCUACCAGAUCUCGCAGUACGACGUGCCGCUGUGCGAGGGCGGGUGGGUAGAGGUGGUGGUGCCACCGGAGCAGACGGGAGGGCAGGGCGUGGUGCGGCGCAUCGGCGUGACGCGGGCCCACCUUGAGGAGGAUGCCGGCAAGCUGGUGCACGGCGGCGCCGCCUCCCUCAGCGGUUCAGACUAUUCGCUGGUGGAUUACAACCGGGCAGGGGUGCCCCUGCUGGAGAUCGUGAGCGAGCCAGACAUGCGCACCGGUGCCGAGGCGGCAGCAUACGGUGCCGAGAUACGCCGUAUCAUGCGCUUCCUGGGCGUCUCAGAUGGCAACAUGGCGGAGGGGUCCAUGCGGUGCGACGUCAACAUUUCGGUGCGCCCACGUGGGCAGGCGGCGUUUGGCACCAAGGUGGAGAUCAAGAACAUGAACUCGUUCAACGCUAUGCAGCGCGCCAUAGAUUUUGAGAUUGCACGGCAGGUUCAGCUGCUGGAGGAUGGGCAGGCGGCAGCAAUUGUGCAGGAGACGCGGCUGUGGGAUGAGGGGCAGCAGUGCACCUAUUCUAUGCGCAAGAAGGAGGGGCUGGCCGACUACCGGUACUUCCCGGAGCCAGACCUACCCGCCCUGGUGCUGAAUCAGGCGUAUCUGGACGAGAUACAGGCCUCCAUGCCGGAGCUGCCGCGACAGGUGCGCGAGCGGUACCUGGCACUGGGGCUGAGCCAGUACGACGUGCUGGUGCUGUCAGACGAGCGUGAUGUGGUGGCCUAUUUUGACGCGGUGCUGGCAGCAGGGGCACCACCCAAGCCCGCUACCAAUUGGGUAAUGGGCGAUGUGAUGGCAUACUGCAAGGAGGCACGGCUGGGGUGGGAUGCUCUGGCGGAGCGCAUGGCGCCUACGGCGCUGGCUGAGAUGAUUGGCCUGAUUGAGGAUGGCACCAUCAGUGGCAAGAUUGGCAAGGAGGUGCUACCUGCGCUGUUGGCGGGCGAGGGCGGCAGCGGCAGCGGCGUGCGAGCCAUGGUGGAGACACGCGGUCUGGUGCAGAUCAGCGAUCCCGCUGCGCUGGCGGCAAUAGUGGAUGGCGUCCUGUCUGCCAACCCCAAGCAGCUGCAGCAGUACCGUGAAGGCAAGCCCAAGCUGCAGGGUUUUUUUGUGGGGGCGGUGAUGAAGGAGUCCAAGGGCCGCGCUAACCCUGCAGAGCUCAACCGAAUUUUGAUGGAGCAGCUGAAUGCGUCUCCCCCGGCAUGA